AUGGACAUCGAAACGGAUAUCCGCCUCUUGCGAGAGGAAAUCGCAGCUCUUUCCGGUGAGUUGCGACCUCUUCAGACAGAAUACGAUACCCUCUUCAAGCAAGUGGCUCGUUUCGAAUCGGAUAACAGGAAUUUGUCAAAGCCUGAAAAGCCACCAGUACCGCCGCCGGAAGAUGAAGACGUCCCGCCAUUAAUCCAGUACUCGUGUUUCGACGACUCCAUACGCUCAUACUUCGAAUCGACGCCUCAAAAACCAGAGCCGAGCAUUGACACAGAAAAACUACUUGUGUCUAUAGAUUGUCGCACACGAGGAAGUGCCAAUGCUUUGGAAGAAAGCAUUUGGCGAUCCAGCGGCGUGACGGCAUUUCCUAUCGAUGAUACGCUAUACGACAAAAGAGAUGAUUCACUCUUGGGUCUUCGCUUCGACGUGAUGGCCCACUCAACGCUGCGUUUUCUCAAGCCACAUUACAUAAUCUUGCGAAGGCGUCAACCACAGGAAAAGGGCGUAACAGGUGACAAUACAUGGCUGGUAUUCCGAUACACUACUCCAGCAUAUGUUCCAUUGGAUAGAUUGAGCCAUUUACUCUCGAGCGGUGAAAACGGACUUGCCCAAUUUGUUCACAAAGUUCGUCUGUACCUAACUCACGUUCAGUAUAAACAUGACAAAUUCGAUCUGGUGGCCAAAAUUACGUACGGUCAAUUGCCCGAUGCUACCGAAUCAGACGAUGUCGUGGUGACACGCUUGCAAAAAGAUUUGGAAUGUCGUCAUGUGUCAAUUCAUAUUCAAAACUCAAGAGGUGAACUGCACCAAAUCGAACUCAUAUGCGGUCUUUCCCUGGUGGAAACCGCUUUUUGUACUUUGUCUCCUCAAGACCUCGAAGCACAAACAUUAAUAGGCGUCAUGCUUGCAAAUGCUGAGCUAACUUCCAUGACAUCGAGAUUUAUAAAGACGUUUUCUUACAUGAAGGAGAAACUGUUCCUUUAA